AUGGGGACACCUUUUGAGAUACUGCAACUUCCUGAUAUAUUUUUCUUGUUCGAAGCUCCGUACAUAUUACAGAGUGAUAUUGGGGCAGAGUUCACAGCCAAAGGAAUCAGUGAGCUGAAAAUCAUCUGGCCCAAACUUGUCCUCGUUCAUGGAAAGCCUCGACAUACACAGAGCCAAGGAUCCAUGGUUGCAUGGAUGGGAGACAACAACACCACGGAUUGGAGCAUUGGAAUCAAGUUUGUCCAGUUCCAGAAGAAUUCCAGCUUGCAUGCAGGUAUUCGCAGAUCACCCUAUGCAGCCAUGUUUGGAUGUGAGGCCAAUCGUCCUCGCUGCCUGAUGACGUCCUCGUCCUCGCUGCCUGAUGACGUAAUUCAAAGGAUGCAGUGUGAGGAUGGUCUGUUAGCUGUACUCACCACCGGUCAAAACGGAGAGGAACCAGGUCCUGUUCCCAGUGCUGAAUCAGCCGAGUCAACUUGCCCAGGCUGA